CAUUCCCAAUCGAGCUUUCAUCACUCUUUUCCCCUUUUACAAAUGGCCUCCGAUAUUGCGCUACUUUGCCGCAGGUGAAUGAAUACGGGAUACCAGGAACGAUUCGAUGCUUUGGCCUGCCUUGAAACGAUGGGGUCCACUACACCUGUGUGCUUUUAGCCGCCGAGCCAGACCUCUCCCACCCUUCCAAGCGUGCUCAGGAGUGGCUAGGGCGAGCGUAACACAGCGCGGCUUCGCAACAUGUGAGCCUAAAAAGAGCAACGCUCAGCCGGAAUUCACAAAUCCCCGUAAUAAACACCGCAGGUUCAAGUCACCCGACGAGGACACCAUAUAUGCCCUGUCCUCGGCGCAGGGGAGGGCUGGCGUGGCGGUCAUACGGAUCUCGGGCCCUGACUGCUUGGAGGUCUACCAGCAGCUGUGCCCAGGAAAGAAAGUCCCGGAGCCCCGAUAUGCAGUGGUGCGGGCGCUACACGAGCCCACCCCGGGCAAAAACAAGGACGUCCUGGACUCGGCCGCCCUGGUCCUCUCCUUCCCGGGCCCCAGGUCGGCGACGGGCGAGGACGUGCUGGAGCUGCACACGCACGGCGGCGCCGCGACGGUGCGGGCCGUGCUCUCGGCCAUCUCGCGGUGCCGGGCGCGCGCCAGCACCGAGAUACGGUACGCGGACCCGGGCGAGUUCACGCGGCGCGCCUUCCUCCACGGGCGCCUGGACCUGGCGCAGGUCGAGUCGCUAGGCGACGCGCUCGACGCCGAGACGGAGCAGCAGCGCCGCGCCGCCGUGGCCGGCACCUCGGGCGCCCUGGGCCGGUCCUACGACUCGUGGCGCCGCUCCCUGCUGCACGCGCGCGCCGAGCUCGAGGCCCUGAUAGACUUCUCCGAGGACCAGCACUUUGACGAGUCCCCCCGCGAGCUGCUGGGCAACGUCGCCUACCUCACCCGCGAGCUGCUGCGAUCCGUCGAGCGGCACGAGGCCGCGGGGCGGCGCGCCGAGCUGCUGCGCAAGGGCGUCCGCGUCGCGCUGGUGGGGCCGCCAAACGCCGGCAAGAGCUCGCUCAUGAACCUGAUCGUCGGCCGCGAGGCGUCCAUCGUGUCCACCGAGGCCGGCACGACGCGGGACGUGAUCGAGGCGAGCCUGGAUAUACGCGGCUACUUGUGCACGUUUGCCGACACGGCGGGGUUCAGGUCUGCCGCCAAGCCGCAACAGUUGGGGGAGAAUGGGGACGCCACGCCAUCAUCACCCGGUAAUGACGGCACCAUUGGCCUGGUCGAGCAGGAGGGUAUCCGACGGGCCAGGGCAAAGGCGGAGGAUUCGGACGUCGUCAUCGCCCUGGCCUCGAUCGAGCCGGUGAUCCAAGCCCCCGGGCCAGACGGGGCCACGACGACGCGCCACCGCAUCAAAUACGACGAGGAGACGCUGCGGCUGGCGGCGCAGGCCCAGCAGCGCAUCGUGAUCGUCAACAAGCGGGAGCUCGUGCCGGCGCCGGAGCUCGACAGCCUUAUUGGCCAGUUCAGGUCCCAGGUCCUGGCGCGCUUUCCCGGGCUCCACACCACUCAGCCACUCGCCGUCUCGUGCAGGGAGUGUGCUGACGCGAGCGGCGACGACGACCACGACCACGGCCCCCUCGUUGGGGGCCGCCGCCGCCACGCCCACGAGGCGCACCCGACGGGCCAAGCCACGGUAGGGCUGACAAGCACGCAGGGCGGCGGCCGGGACACCGACCCGGGGUCGGUCCAGGCGCUGGUCGACCGCCUGGCCGGCUCGUUCGAGUCCCUGACCUCGCUGCCCCCGGACAUGCGGGACCUGCUCGGCGUCACGGAGCGGCAGCGCCAGCUCCUGGCCCGCUGCCGCGGCCACCUGGAGGAUUUCCUCGCCGAGGCCGGCGGCGGCUUGGACGAGACGACGGCGCCCGCCGACGACCACGACCCUGACGUCGUCCUCGCCGCGGAGCACCUCAGAUACGCCGCCCACGCCCUGGCCGCCAUCACGAGCGGUGAGGAUGCGGGGGACGUCGAGGAGGUGUUGGGUGUCAUCUUUGAGAAAUUUUGUGUGGGGAAAUGAAGUUGAUUGUACAAAUAGGAAAAUAAUCUAGUCUAGAACACAGCGACCUCGAGCUCCGAGGCAGCGAUGCCUCCUCGAGAUCCGUCCAGUCUAUAUGCUAGCCCGCCACCUCAACCCCUUCUCGUGUCGACAGGAUUGAAAAGGCGGCGGGGUGUAACAAAUGAAAUCUAAUGCUGGGGUGGUGAAGUGGCGAGCGUGAGGGGUGGGUGCUGUGAAAAAGAAAUCCUCCUGCGC